UUCUUCUGCGCCGGACGCAUCAUGAUGGCCGACGACAAUCCGCUGCCGUUCCUGGGCGCCGUGGUGUUUAUGCUUGCGCUGCCGACGCUCUGGUUCGUCUUUGUGGCGCCGUGGACGUGGCGGCAUCUCAGUCCCGCCGCGCCGAUCGUCUUUGCGUACGUCUGGCUCGUGAGCGCCAGCAGCAUGGCCGUCACGUCGUGGCGCGACCCCGGCGUGAUCCCGCGCGACCUCGACCCAGAUCCGCCAUGCAGCGCCGGCGACGGCAACCCGCUGGACCCCGAGGACCCGCUGGCCAUUCCGCUGCCGCGCAUCGUGCGUGUGCCGCAGGGCGCCGACCUCAAGGUCAAGUGGUGCGAGACGUGCGGCACGUAUCGCCCGCCGCGCGCCAGCCACUGUCGCACGUGCGACAACUGCGUCGAGAACAUCGAUCAUCACUGCACCUUUCUCAACACGUGCAUCGGACGGCGCAACUACGUCUCCUUCUUUGCCUUUCUCGGCUUUGCCAUUCUGGCGUGCAUGCUCGCGAGCGUGUUCAGCGCGCUGCAUCUCUACUUCCUCACGCGGCCGGCCGACUACAUGCUGCCGCGCGGCGGCCUUGGCGAAGGAUACGACUUCCGAGGCGCACUGGCACAUGCGCCGCUCAGCGCAGUCAUGUUCCUGCUGCCCAUCGGCACACUCGUGCCGCUUUGCACGCUCUGGGGCUACCACGUGCAUCUGGUGUCGAUGAACCGCACGACCGUCGAAGCAGUG